AGCUCAGUGAGCAAACCUACAUCCAGAACCUCAAUGUGAGUUACAGAUCUUCUCAAAACUCGCUGUCAAAGGAAUUUUCUGUAUGGAGAAAACUGUUUCUUGAUCUCAUUCCAGAAUUACCUAGUUUUAAUUUGAAGGCAGCAUCCCCUUUUAUUUCCAGGUUAGAGUAUCUUUCCUGUACUGACCAAUCAAAUAAUUUUAUAUUUGUCAUCCAUGCAUCUUCUAAACAUGGGGUUGGUAGCGUGGUAGGGAAAUCCUCUUGCACAUUAUCUACAUGUUUAAGAGGUGUCUGUAUAGAUAGGAUUGGGUAUGGGUACUAUCUGCCUUUGUUCUUUAAAGUGGUGUAAAUGACCAGUCUGCUGAAGUUAUAUUGUAGAAAAUUAGUUAACAUUGUGUACGCAGCUCCAACAAAGCUGCUAAAUUGUCUUUUUGUUUCAGAUAUUGACUGGCCUGGCAGUGGGAAUCCCUUUGUUUCAUCUGAUGCCCCUUUCUGAUUGUCAUUAGCCGCUUAUUUCUCCUGUAUCCUAGUCUUCACAGGCUGCUUCUCUUAUUAGAAUGCAGUGUUCAAUUUACAGCAUCUUUGUGCACAAUUCUUCAAAAGGUGCAGUUAUUCCUCCUACAGGUAAACACUAAAACUCCAAAGGACUCAGAAUGCUCAGUCGGUUGCAGGAGCUGAAGAAAGAAGAAGAAGCUCUACUGAAAGUCAAAACCAGUUUACAAGAUCAAUUAAACCGACUCAAGGUAGAAGAGUUGGCCCUUCGCUCGAUGAUCAUGACUAGGGAAGAUGGUGAUGAUGACACUGACAACUGUGGUCAAGCAGCUGAACCUGUAGAGUCCUCAAUGCAGGUGGAUGAUGCGAGUGUUAUCAAUCAAACCCAGCUUCAGUUGAGCACAUUACAGUCUGUUAGAAAUGCGUCACAGGAAAAUGAGGAAGAGGAGGAGGAUGAAGAAUGCAUCUCCUAAAUAGGUCAGUUUUCAGAAAAGAAUGCAAAGAAGUCCUACCAACAGAAUGUACUCAGCUUCAUUUGAAGAUGGAGUGUUGAACUGCGCUUGUAUUCAGAGUUUCGUCUUUACAGCAAUGCAUCAGAGCUCAUUGUUUCUCAAUAUGUGUACACUCAGCUAUACACUGGAAAGAUGGUCACCACAGGGGACUGUCUGCCAUCUCUGAGCCUGCAGUCUGCUAUCUGUUGGGGAUAUUGAAUGUUUUUUAAAUAGUUAUCCUCAUUGCUAUACCUCCUUUCAUGAGAGAAACGGAAAAAGACUGAAAGUGAGAAGAAAAUGGGAACUUGACAUUUAACUUACUGUAUAAAGGAAACAUGAACUUUUUUUUAAUACAGCAAAGCAUUGAAGAAUUCUUGGAUUAAAACAAUUUUAAACUGAAAUGCCAGAUUGUUGCUGAGGGAAUAAAAGUGAGAUUCUACAAUGCUGAGCUUUUAGAACACCAGAUCAAUAGACAAAUAUAAAAGUCCAUUAGACUAUAGAGUAUCUGUUCUCAGCUAAUGUGAGACUUUAUGGUUUGUGAGCCUUACUGAGGCUGUGUAACGGUGGGUAACUGAUACCACAGCAGUACUUUGUGACAGAUAUUCUUACUUAAAUGAGCCACAAAAGAAUUGAAGAUUGUUGGCCUUGAGCUGUAUGAGUUUGAAAUAAUAAUGUUAAAUAUCUUAAAGAAUAGGGUUGUAUGUAAUAAUGAGGGUGAGUUGGAUGUGGUUCAAUGUUUUGCCUCCUUGCAUGGAUACAUUUCUUUUGAGUUUUGGAAGUGAUUUUAAUGUUCAAUGAGUUGUUGGCCACUUCAUUUAUUUUUGUUUAUAAAGCCAUGAAGAGCAGUUACUGCAGCCUCCUAAUAUAAGAUUGUAAUAAUCUGUCAGCCAGUCCCUUUGCUGUGAUUCACAGUCGCUGUAUUUGAGUUUAUCCACAGUCACUCUUAGCUGCUUUUGUGCAAGUCAAUUUAAUUCACAGCAUAGACGUGGGAUAUAUCUAUAGGUUAACUUUGUGAAUUCAUGGAGCCUAACUUUGAGCUAUGUGAGUUACUGAGACUUGCCUCCAAACAAAAAGCAAAGCAGGAGUGUAAAUAUGUACAAUACUGAGUUUAAUUCAGUCAUUGCCUGUGUUUUUAAAAUACAAUUAUCUUGAGUUCCCAGCAUUGUGGCCAACUCCACUGUGUCCAUAUGACAGGCCAAAAAUGUUGCUAUGGAAUGUGUUUAUAUUGCACCUUUUCAAAACAGCCACAAUUUGGUUGAUUUUUCUUUGUGUGCCUUUUAAAAUAGAGGUGUCACUGUGCAGAUCAAGUGGGUCUUCAGUAGCCCCAAGUACUAUUCAAUCUUGAGUAAAAUACACCGUGACUCUGUGAGCUCAUUCAAAUCAAACCAAGCAUUAAGGCUAUAGCAUCAGUAAUAAAGCUGCAAAUUUGAGCAUUCCAGUUCGAAAAUUGAAUAUUUUGAUUUAUGGAAUGCAAGAAAAAUAAUCAUUGUGUUGUGUCUGAAACCAUCAGCGGGGUUUCAGUUGUUUUAGAGUGUAAUGAUAUUUGCAUGACAUUUCUUUGUGGGCAGUUGCCAACUGGUUUGUUUUGAAAGAGUGAAUUUCAUAUGGUGAUACCCGAAGAGAUUUGUCUUCAGGUGAAAGCAGCCUUAGAAGAUGGAGUAUAAUUGGACAAGGGUGGAGAGGUAAUUCAAUCCCUAUUUUGAAGUUACAAGUUCUGCUUUUGUUUUAUAUUUCUGAUAUAAGUUCCAGUUUAAAUGCAGUAUAACACACAUUUGCAGGUAAGUAUAAUUUUAAUGUGGCACAUUUUAUAAUUAAAAUAUCAACAUGGAUGCAAGAAUUUACACUGGAGUAAGUUAGCGUCCAGUGUAUGCAUAUUCUUCAUAUUAGAGACAGAAUGAUGAUUGCUUUAUAAACUUCUGUAUUAUUGUAGCAGGCUGUGAACUGCCAGUAAAUCCAUGAAUGUGCUUAAAGGUUAUCUUGGUCAAGAUGUUGAGAUCCUGCCUCACAGCUUCAAAGAAAAUCUUAAGCUUUUGCCUGAUAUUGAAACUGUGAAUGUAGAAGUUAUUUUUAAAACACCGUAAAACUGUGUAAAACAUAUGGAAGAAAAAUGUGUGUCCUGUAACACUUUAACAGCCAGUGAAACAGCUUUUCAUGUUCAGUGAAAAUAAGGCUGAUUUGUUUCUCAUUAGAGUUCAUUUUAAGUUAGACUCAUAAGUUUCAAAUAUGUGGCCAAUAGUUAACACCAACCUGCAGCAUCCUGGCUGAUGGAAUGAGAGCUGAUGGUGAGCUGCACAAUUCACUGUAAAGGCACGUGCAAACAGAAAAGAGCUACAAAGAUGGCAAUGUCAGAACAGUAAACUUGUCUUAGAGCCAGCUAAACAUGGAUUGCAUCGAGUGAUCUUUCUCUCCUGCUGAGACUGAAAACAAAGUUGACAAGAGCUCUCCUCCAUUCUGGGAGAUACACUCAAAAUUAACAAAGCCUGCUGAAGGGUUUGUAAGCUGGCCAUUUGAGAUUUUGAAGAUUUGGGGCAUACAUGCGGAAGGUUGAGUAUUUGUCCCCAGACUGGUCAAGUUGUUUCAGAACACACAUUAAUUGCAUUUUAUGACUGAAAGCCUAUUGACAUAUUUUAAGUAUUGUCGCAAGAUAAAUGUGUAGGCCUUAAAGUGAAAAAAAUGUGAAAGCUUUUUGCAGCUGGUUAAUUGCACUGUUACAAAGCUAAUCAAUAAUAAAAUUGAUUUUUGUUUCUUGUGACAAUA